CUGCGCGCAGCUCCACUGCUACGUCUCCUCGGCAGAUAGAGCCUCGGCUGUGCGAGUGUGCGAGUGUGUGUGUGUCUGAGUGGGAGAUGGACUGAGUGAGGGCGCUCUUUCGACCAGUGCUGCCGAUAGCAUUGAAAUACCCACAAGCUAGGCUGAAAUAAUUGUACGGUUUUCGGGGUCGCCGAAUCAACAAGAAAAACACAGUCCCGUUUAUCAGUCUUUCACAUCCCACUCCAAACACACUAACACGGCAUUGAUGGUAAUGUAUGCAAGGAAACAACCGAGACUCGGCGAUGGGUGCGACCGAAGAGAUUCUCAGCCCUAUCAGACUCUCAAAUACUCAUCCAAGAGCCAUCCAGGAGGGGACCACCGACAUGAAAAGAUGCGAGACUCCUCAGAUGUCACUCCUCCCUGCAAAAUGCUCAGGAGGUCUGACAGUCCUGAAAACAAACACAUCGACGGCACGGGGCACGGCAGAGCAAAGGCUGUCCACACACACCGGGCCAGAGACAGGGAUGGAGGGACCAGUUAUUCUCCACAAGAAAACUCUCACAACCACAGUUCCCUUCAUAGCUCCAACUCACAUUCUAACCCCAGCAAGACCUCAGACACACCUUACGAACCUGGUGACGACUGGUCGGAGCACAUCAGCUCGUCUGGAAAGAAAUACUAUUACAACUGCAGGACAGAGGUGUCGCAGUGGGAGAAGCCCAAAGAAUGGCUCGAGAGAGAACAGAGGCAAAAAGAGGCAACAAAGACUGCGGUCGUCAACAGUUUCCCCAAAGACAGGGACUACAGAAGGGAGGCUAUGCAAGCAUCGGCAGCCCCUGGAUUCACCGGUGCUAAGUCCACCCAGGUGGAGAAGCCUGCAUCGACCCUCGCCUCCCAGUCGUCAUCCUCAGGCUCAGGGAGCUUGAACCAGUCAUCGGGGCCCCCCGGAUCGUCGGCCUCCACGGUGCCAGUGUCCCCGGUCCUGCAGUCCCCCGCCCCUCCACUACUUCAGGACCCCACCCUGCUUCGCCAGCUUCUCCCUGCACUUCAGACCGCCCUGCAGCUAAACAACGCCAGUGUGGACAUGGCGAAAAUCAAUGAAGUUCUCACAGCUGCUGUCACACAAGCUUCAUUACAGUCGAUGCUCCAUAAGAUCCUCACUGCUGGACCGUCUGCUUUCAAUAUCACUACUAUCCUCUCUCAAGCUGCUCAACUCUCCAACCAAGCUCAGCAAUCGAACCAGUCGCCUAUGUCGUUAACAUCGGACGCCUCAUCGCCCAGGUCUUAUGUUUCUCCAAGGAUCAGCACACCGCAGACCAACGCUGGUCCUCUUAAACCCCUCCUCAGCACGCAGCCUGUCAUCUCGCAGCCAAAAUUGAGCACGCAGUCAGUGAAGCAGGCGUCCCAUCCCCAGCCCUCGUCCCAGCAGUCCCUCUCCAGCGAUAAGCAGCACAGUCACGAUGCCAGCACGGCCUCCCCGCGCACCAUCCAGCGCCAAGGCAGCCAGAGGAGUCCCUCUCCGGGUCCGAACCACGUCGCCUCCAGCAGCAGCAGCAACGCCCCCAACCCUGCCUCCGCUCCCCCCGCCGCCUCAGCGUCCCGGCCCUCCUGCUCCUUCACCCCCACCCUCGCCGCUCACUUCAACGAGAAUCUUAUCAAACACGUACAGGGUUGGCCCGCCGAACACGCAGAGAAACAGGCAUCAAGACUACGUGAAGAGGCUCACACCAUGGGGAGCAUCUGUAUGUCUGAGAACUGCACCGAGCUCAAAAACCUCCGGUCUUUGGUCAGAGUGUGUGAAAUCCAAGCAACAUUGCGUGAGCAAAGGAUACUGUUUCUGAGACAGCAAAUCAAAGAACUUGAAAAGUUGAAGAACCAGAAUUCAUUCAUGGUCUGAGAACUUCUGCAAGUUAAAGCGGGAGCGGGAGGGGGAGGUGGAGAAGGAGGAAGAGGAAGGUGGGUGGGUGGGUGUUGGGAGCGGGAGGGGGCCCAUUGCACAUAAUUGGAAGAUGGAGGAUAGAGAGCAGUUGUUCAGUUCCUCUUGAGUCCAGUCUCAACACACACACACACACGUAUACACAAAGGAGCUGGUUGGCUUUGGACCGUUGGGCCGGGAGAACCAAGAGGGGAAACAUGAAGAGCUGUUGGUGGGUGGAGGAGGAGGGUGGGGUGGUUUACAAGACUCGGUUUUGUAAAAAAGAGAAAAACCCACAGCGGAAAAAACUGUAGAUUUCUUGUAGAUGUUAUUAUCUAUGUUGUAAAUAUGUUUUGUAGAUUGAAGCCAUGGACAGCCAUGCCUAUCAAAGCUUUUGACAUCCAAACUAAUCAACGCCUAGGCGGCUACAUUCAUUAGCUAGCCUUUCCUUCAUGUUAACUCGUCUGCAGACUUAAAGCUUCAUUUUGUCAAUUGGUGGAUCACUGAACCGGCGAGCAGAGGAGGAUGUUUGAAGCCGUUCAUUUACACACAAGCCUAGCAUAACCAAGCAUAACACACACCGGUGUCGACGGCGUUCUUUUUUUCCUCCACAGUACUCUGUCUGGAUUCUCUUCCCUGCGCCCCCUCCGGGCGACCUCGUAAGCUCUCAGGCGUGCUGAACAUCCCCUCUGCGCAGCUCUGUCACGACGGUUCACUGAUCUAUUCGCAGCUUCUGGUGGCCCUGCAUGUCCCAGUCUGAAAAAAAAAAACAGUGCCUGGUGGUGUGAUGGAGUGAGUGAUUUAGAAAAAAAAAUUAAAGAGAUGUGAUGGUGUGCUGCUUUGGACCAUUCCCACCCCCCAUCCCCCACUCUCCCCUCAGGCCCCUGCCCUGCCACACACACCCUCUCCUUCCUGAGACAUCAACACUUCACACCUUCCUUGUAGUUUUUUUUUUGUUCAAACCGUUUUUGUUCCUCUUUCUCCCUCCUGGUUCAUUCCUUUGUACAGUCGCUAACAUGCAGUGGAGUUUUAAGAAGAGGACGCAGAAUAAUAAUAAUUAAAAAAAAAGGUUUUAUUUAUAAGAGUUGUAGUGACGAGCAGUAAAUCACAGUGAUAUCCACACGUUUUCAUUGACACCCCGGUUUUAGGAGGCGGUGUAUUACAGCUGCAGCAGGUUAGAGGCGGAUGUAUGUGGAUCACCUCUUGUGUCAGAGCAGGGCAACGAGAGGUCACAAGGUCAAAUGUGAAAUGUAUGUAUUGUAAUAAACAUGUUCAACUAAAGCGAGCACUGGUUAUUUUAUUGGACUUCUUAGGUUUGCCUCAUAAUGCGAGUGCCUUGUUGAAAGUCUCACACCCCCCCACCACGUUUUCUCUGUUCCUGUUUGACCAACAAGAAGAGAUCUUCAACAAGCGAGUCAUGCACUGGCUGUUUUUCUUUUCCUUCCAGCAUGUUCCAUCCCUCUUAUUGGUUUGUCCCCCUGCUGUUGACGAGCAGGGUCCUCAGCUGCAUACAGGCCUGUUUGUUUUUUUUCCCCCCCCACCACUCGAUCUAUUGAGUCUAUAACUGAACUGCACCCACACAUUCAGUCAAGUUGACCACAUCAUUGCUUUGUAUAUUGUUUCCUGAAGUAUAUUGACAAAUGAAAUAAAAUAUGCCUCUCCAGGGCCA